AUGCUCAUCAGCCCGUACCCGAAACGUGUGCUGCCAAAGAUCAUGAACCGCUACGUCGAUAUGACGAGGGACGAGCUCAUUGCUCGUCUCGCCGCCCUCGAGUCCAGCCCGAAAAAGGUCCCCGGCCCGGACGAGUACCACACCCAGCCGACGCCGAAACCCCCCACACCCUCCGCCCCCACCGUCGCCCCCGUUACCUCCACCCCUGCUGCUAGUGCCGCUGAGAAGCCCAAGUUCGUAAGGAAGAAGAAGGAGCCGGUGCAGUUCCAGUGGGGCGCCCAGUCGACGCGGCACAUUGCGCUGCUCGUCUCGUACCUGGGAUGGCCGUACUCUGGUCUCGCGAUCCAACCGACGUCGCACUAUCCGACAGUCGAGGGUGAGCUGCUGAAGGCGCUCGAGAAGACUUACCUCGUCGGUCCUGGUGGCUGGGAGGCGUGCGGUUUCUCCCGUUGUGGACGGACAGACCGCGGUGUUUCGGGCGCUGGACAGGUGCUCAACCUCUGGGUCCGCAGCACGAGGAAGGAGGGAGAUGGCGGAUACCCGCUGAACGGCACGUGGAAGCCGCCGAGCGAGGAGCGUGUGCCGCGACAGAGCAAGGCCGUCGAGGGCAUGGGCGAGGGCGCUGAGGGCGAGAACACCGACGCUCUCGCCGAGAAGCAGGAGAAGAAGAAGGCCAAGGCGCCGCCGCAGAUGGACCUGGGAUACCCGCGCUUGCUGAACUCUGUGCUGCCGGACGACAUCCGCGUGCUUGCCUGGUCGCCAGCUCCGACCGACUUCGACUCGCGCUUCUCCUGCGACUUCCGACACUACAAGUACGCCUUCCACAUCGUCCCGUCUCCAGGAGUCGAGCCCCUCGACCUGGACCUCAUGACGGAGGCAGCCAAGCUCCUCCUCGGCGAGCACGACUUCCGGAACUUCUGCAAGGUCGACGGCUCCAAGCAGAUCGAGUCGCACAAGCGCACAGUUCUGCAGGCGUACUUUGAGAAGGAGAGCGAGGGCGUCUACAUCUUCAACCUGGUCGGCAACGCCUUCCUCUGGCACCAGGUCCGGCACAUCAUGGCCGUGCUCUUCCUCGUCGGUUCGCGGCUCGAGCCCCCUAGUGUCGUCACGGAUCUCAUGGACGUGGAGCGUUUCCCGGGCAAGCUCAAGUACAAGAUGGCCGACCCUAUCCCGCUCCGCCUGCACGAGUGUGGAUUCCUGCCAGAGGCUGGGCUCGACUGGCGCUAUGGACCGUACGACGGGCCCUGGCAGACCAUGCCCGAGGGUCCGGAGAAGGAGGCCGUCCGCCACCUCGCCGAGCACGGGCAGCAGACGCUGGAGCGCACGCUCGAGGCGCAGCGCCAGCAGGCCGAGAUCAAGGCAUGGCAGAUUGCCGGCGCUCAGCAGCGCCUCAAUGAGAUCCUCAAGCCGGAGUCGACGAAACCCGAGACGCACACCGUGUACCCCCUCGGAGGAGGCAUGGCCGAGUGGGUGCGCAAGUAUACGCCCAUGGUCGAGCGCGAGAUGGGCGACACGCCCGACAUGAUCAAUCAGCGCUGGCGCGAGAACAAGGGUGCCCGCCGCGCUGCGCGCAAGGGCGCCGAGGAUGACGACGAGUAG